GCGGGCGCGGGCGGCGGGAGCCGCUUCCUUGUUAUUGUUAGCGAGUGUUGACCGCCGCCCGCUGACCCGCUUUCAGCACCUGCGACCCGGUCGCGAGCUAGAACCGUCAUCGACCGAGGCACUAUAGUACGCGACGCUAGAACCUGCUAAAUCUGGGAAGUGAUGUGAUACCUUGUCUCAAUCACUUGAGACACGCAUGUUCAGCGCGUGUUGUUAUGGGAUCAGCACUCUUUUGAGAAUACCGGUGUUAGUUAUAAUUUAAAGAGCGAGGCGGAGUGCGGCGCGGAGGGCGGCGGCGACGCGGAGAGCCCGCCCCCCCUGCCGCCGUUCGGCUACGCCCACGCCGGCGCGCCGUCGCCGUCCCACUCGCGCAGCUACCAGGAGCUGCGGCCGGCGGCAAACGCGCGCGACAUGCACGCCUACGCGCACCUCGAGGAGGCGCUGUUCAAGCCGCCGAGCGGCGCCGGCUCCACGGACGGCGCCUACCUGCGCGGCCGCAGCCCCGGGCCCAGCCCGUCGCCCGAGCGCCGCGACGACUACCGCGGGCCCUACGACGCCUACGCCGCGCCGCCGCCGCCGCCCUACUCGCACGACCAUCACCACCACAUCGACGGAGGCGGCGGCGGCGGCGGCGGCGCGGUGUACUCGCGCUGCGCGUACCCCAGCCCCGCGCCCUACUUCGGCGCGCCCGCCGAGCUCGCCGUGCAGCAGCAGAUCUGGAGCCCCAGCACAGCCGGCGGUUCUCCCACGUACGGCGGGUCGAGCGGCGGCGGCGGCGGCGGCGGCGGCGGCGGCGGCGGCGUGGUGCUGGGCGAGGAGUACGCGGGCGAGGCGGGCGGCGGCGAGGCGGCGGGCGGCGCGCUGCCGGCCUUCAGCGCGCGCUUCGGCGGCGCCUUCGCCUGCGCCACCUCGCGCGCCUCCACCGUGUACGGCAACCCCGGCCUCACCGCCAAUGCUUACACGCACCAGGACGUGUGGGGCCUGGACGGCAGCCGCCGGCCGCAGCUCUCGGCCGCCGCCAGUCUAUCAGCCAUCGAUAUGGCGGAGUUUUUCACGGAGGGCCGCGAGUGCGUGAACUGUGGCACGGUGCACACGCCGCUGUGGCGCCGCGACUGCACCGGCCACUACCUGUGCAACGCGUGCGGGCUCUACAACAAGAUGAACGGCAUGAACCGCCCGCUCAAGCAGCCGCGGCGGCUGGUACGUCACCGCACCGCCGCGCACGCGCUCGCCGCGCCCGCCCACGACACGGGCACGAAGCGGCCGGGCACGACGUGCACCAACUGCCACACGACCACGACGUCGCUGUGGCGCCGCAACGCGCACGGCGAGACCGUCUGCAACGCCUGCGGGCUCUACUACAAGCUGCACAGCGUCAACCGCCCGCUGGCCAUGAAGAAGGACGCCAUACAGACGAGAAAACGGAAACCAAAGAACGGAAUUAAUAAAAAUGAACGAAAUAUUAAGACCGCAGUACAGCGAACACUGUCAAGUGGCGUGAAGUUGGAGAGUAUACUGGAGCCGGCGCCGGCGCUGGGCGGGGGCGCGCGCUCGCCGCUGCCCGUGAGCUACUACGUGCAGCACGCCUUCAAGCUGGAGGAGCCGCCGCCGGCGCACGCGCUGGACGACUACCGCCGCGCGCCCGACGAGCGCCCCAGCGUCGUGUCCAUGGGCAGCUGAGCCGCCCGCCCGCACUCACGUCAUAAUAACCCCCGCGGAGCCCGCGAAGCCCGCGGGCUCGCCGAGUCGACGAAUAAUAAUGUAGAAUCUCAGUCGUUUAAGUUAGAUUAAUGCGUAGCGUAGGACCGCCGCCGGCGGAGUCGCUAGUUGACCAAAUAUCGCGGACGGCGCCGCCGCACGUGCCGCACCCGCGCCCGAGUAUAGUUUCGUUGGACACGACGCACCUCGCGUCCGAUCGCCCGCGCGUGUGUAUUAUUUAACGUGUUACCAAAUAAUCUUUGUAUAAAAACUAUAAGACUGUACCUAACCUGUACCAUUCCUAGCGAGUUGCAUUCCUAAGUAAAUAUUUACAUAGAUAGAGACGUUAGCAUGUGUACUGUACGUGUUGAUGUGUGAGGCGUAUCGACGUUGAAUUUAAUUGAUAUUAUAUUGUUACUAUGUGCUGACAAUUAUUUUAUAAAAUAUGUGUAGUAUGAGUCGUUAUAUAUUGUAGAUUUUAUUAAACUCCAUGACUUGAAAAGGCAUUCCACGAAUUUGAAAAUAAAUAAGUAGCUGUAGAGUAGUUGUAUAAGAUAUUGCUCACAAAGACCACAAUCGUCCCAGCGAGUGAGGGAUGUGCCAGACAGUGUUUCACUACAGUUGGCUACCCAGCUCAAGGCCAAUACAUGCUCAAUCUUUUAUAUACACGAUGAAAAGAUGGCAGUCACUUCAUACAACAAAAAUCUUGUCUACUUAGCACUCUUUUCAUUGAUGACAUGUUAGUUAUUUAGAAAAGUUUCUCCUUAAGAUACUUUUACAACGUUGCGUUGUUGCAGUUACUUUGGUACAGGACGACACUAGUUAAGAUAAUUUAUAAAAUGUACUUUUACCUAUGGAUGAAGCCUGCCGCUAGACCUACAUAGUAUAAACAACUUAUUAUCAUCGAAAAAUAUGGUGCGGUAGGAUUGACAAUUCCUUCGAGCGGAUUCUACCCGUCACAACAACUCAGUGUCAUCUAUAACCAUUUUAUGUUGCAACCAUGUAGGUACGCAAUUGUAUUCGGAGAUAGCAAAUCAACUGUCGGCAACUUUCUCUCUCCACGGUUAAAACACAAACCUAUGAUUAAGAUAAAUAAGUGGAUUCUGUAUUGACGAAAUUACUCGUAUAUUACAUUUUCUAUACAAGUGCAAUGUCUUUGGUGUUGAAAUCGGAAGCGUCAACAGCGAAUA